AUGAUAAGAGCAUGUUGCAAGCUCACUUGGCUACGAAGCUUGUUACGUGACCUACAUCUUCCACAUCCAAAAGCCUCAAUUCUCCAUUGUGACAACAAGGCUGCACUACACAUUGCUGCUAAUCCAGUUUUUCAUGACAGAACUCAUCAUAUAGAGAUGGACUAUCACUUCAUCAGAGACAAGAUACAGGAUGGUGCAAUCUCUACCAAGUUCAUACCUUCUUCACAUCAGCCAGCAGACAUGUUCACCAAACCCUUGGGAAAAGAUCCCUUCUUAUCCAUUCUAGGCAAGUUGGGAGUUCUUGAUAUUCACUCUCCAACUUGA